AUGCAUCAAAAGGCAGAUACUCUUGGAGAGGCUAAGCUAACUGGCUAUAAUUUAGGAAAACGCUUACGAGAUGAAAAGAUACGUUCAUCUGAGACUUCGCAGCAAGCGGCUACAUCUGCAGACCCCACCUUAUCCAAGUCAUACGCGGCUUCCAAUUCAAACACCAUGGGCGUUGACAUAGAAGAAGAUACGUCAUUCGAUCCUGCAGCUUGUCUUGACGCCUUUUGUACAACCAUGGUCCUUGAUAGCUCCAAUGCCACCAAUUCAGCCGGUAUUUUAGACACUGCCACAGACUUAUCCACUUGUUUCGGAGACAUGAUGCCUAUAUUUCCUCUGGAAACUCCAACAACUUCCGAUCAUUCGUCAUGUGUCUGCUGUUCGUUCAGAAAUCUACCUAACCUAAACCACGAGCUUCCUUAUAAACUCACCCCAAUUACUGCUUUAUAUAUCAACGGCGAAGUCCCGGGUUUGUCAUGUUGUACGUCAAUUCCAGCAAAAUCUAAGCCUGCAGCAUCCGAUGUUCCUCUGUCAUUACGCCCUACACCAGCUCAACUUUUCACCUUCCAUUUGAGCGGAGUCGAUCGAUCUCCAUUUCCUAAAAUGCGAGAUAACAUAAUCAGUCUAAGCGGCUUCAUUGAUGAAGAAGAAUUAGGCCGAGAUAUGAUGUUCAUGCCUACUUUCUCUUCCACUCCAGGUGCCCUACCACUGAAUCCUAAAGCAUGGAAGGUUGAAAAGCCCUUUGCAGACAAAUGGGGAUUCUUAUUUCGCUGA